AUGGCAAAUUCGUCCAUCCAGGCAAAGUAACGCUCGCGUGAAAGCGAAGUAAGAGCGAGAGAGGGCGGGGAAGUGUCUGUAUUCGUCGUUUUUCAUCGUUGGAAAUUCUCGUCAAUGGCUUCCUCUCGGCGCCUCCGUCGGUUUUGAACAGGUUUCCCCAUUCAUUCUCCGCAAUUGAGAAAUAUACAGAGAGACAGAGAGCGUUGUGGCUUUGUUUCUGUGCAAGUGGUCUCCCGUUUGCUAUGUUGGUUCAGAGGACAGUGAUGAGCUGGAGACGAGUCGCUAAGGCUCUACAGGCUGUUGCCGCGCAUGGGAUUCUCUUCUCGUUCACCGUCCUUCUGGCACUCAAGCUCGAUCGCGUCGUUUCCUACUCCUGGUGGAUUAUUUUUAGUCCUCUCUGGUUAUUUCAUGUGGUUGUAUCACGAGGCAGAUUUUCCUUACCUGCUCCAUCAAUGCCUCAUGAUCGGAGGUGGGCACCAUUUCAUGCUCUCAUGGCCACACCAUUGCUUGUUGCUUUCGAACUACUCCUAUGUAUAUAUCUUGACAGCAGUUAUGCUUUGAACUUGAAGAUUGUCUUUUUGCCCUUUCUGGCAUUUGAAGUUGCAAUUUUAGUUGAUAACAUUAGGAUGUGUAGAGCUCUAAUGCCUGGAGAUGAAGAAAUCAUGAGUGAUGAAGCAAUAUGGGAGACCCUUCCUCAUUUUUGGGUUUCAAUCUCAAUGGUCUUCUUCAUUGCUGCAACAAUAUUCACACUUCUAAAGCUAUGUGGUGAUGUCACUGCUCUUGGUUGGUGGGACUUGUUUAUAAAUUUUGGUAUCGCAGAGUGCUUUGCCUUUCUUAUCUGCACAAAGUGGUAUAAUCCUGCCAUUCAUAGGCAUUCUCUAGUGAGAGAAGUUGGUCCAUCUUCAACAACAAUCAGAUAUCUGGACUGGAAUAGUGGUUUAGUAGUUUCUUCAGAUGGAGAUCAGCAGCAGAGUAGAAUUUGCAGCUUGCAGGAUAUUGGUGGGCACAUUAUGAAAGUUCCUUUCAUUGGUUUCCAGAUAUUGCUUUUCAUGCGGCUAGAGGGAACACCGCCUAAAGCUAGACUUGUCCCAAUUUCUGUUAUCUUUUCUCCUCUUUUCUUCCUUCAAGGAGCAGGGGUUCUAUUUUCAGUUUAUAGGUGUAUUGAGAGAAUUAUUCUCUUACUACAUGAUGGAGCAACUACAGGAAGAUAUUCUUUGGUAUCUUCUAGGGCUCGUGAUUGUUUUGGGUUCAUGCUUCAGGGGUCAAGGUUGUUGGGUUGGUGGUCAAUUGAUGAAGUCAGUAGAAGGGAACAGGCUCAACUUUAUUCUGCCGGGACAUCUGGGUACAACACUUUCUCACCUGAUACUGUGAAGAAAAUGCCCAAGUCAGAUCUUGCUGAGGAGGUGAACAAGUUAUUUGGAGGCUACAAGCAGCACUCAGUGAGCAAAGGGAGAUCACAAAGUUCCGCCAGCAAGAAUACGAAAGACUACAAAAUGAAAAGAUCCUAUGUAGGGUUUGCUUUGAACAGCAGAUAAAUAUUGUCCUGCUCCCUUGCAGACAUCAUGCCCUCUGCAGCACCUGCUGUGAGAAGUGUAAAAGGUGCCCCAUCUGCCGGGUUGUUAUUGAAGAGCGAUUGGUUGUGUAUGAUGUGUAGUUAAAGCCACAAUUUUCUGUCGCGGUUGGCUCCUAAUUAUCAACCAAGUACUGGAGAAAGGAGCUUCAAAAUCCUGCUGUUCCUCUUCACUGCAAAGCCAAGCCAAGCGAGGAUUGGUGAAAAUCGGUUGAUGCAGCUUGACAACUCGGCCAUAGCAUAUUGUGUUGACAAGAACUGAACGUAGGCUAUAUAAAGGUAGAUGAUAGCUGGUUGGUAGCCUUGCUUUCAGGUUACAUGUACAUUUGGUAGCUAGCUAGUUUCUUUUAAUUUGCCAUAUGAGAAGCUGGACUUGAACUAUUGGAGCUUUUAAGCUCUUAAAUAACUUAAAAAUUAAGAGCUUAUUUGUUAGGAUAGUGUUUGUUAAAAUGAGUACGAUAAAGUUGUAUUAAAAUAA